AUGUGCUGGCGCACUACCAUUUCUGGCGUACUUCCACUUCUGGCGUACUACCAAGCCCGGAGCUGGAAGGUUCGUAAUUCGAACAGCAGCGAGAAUUGGGUAAAGACAAAGUCAAGUAGGCUUUUGGUUAAGCAUCGUUUCGACAGGCCGCUACAGUAUCGAUUAGCAACUUCCUAUAAGCAUGUAGAGGCCAAAAUUAGCGGAACUACGCCUGCUAAGCGCUUCCCUUAA